CUGGCGCGAAGUAAUGCCUAUUUUCUUCAGAUCACCAGCUGUUCCGCCUCACCUGAGUUGAGCUCAUCACAUCAGGAUGAUGAGGAGCAUAUCUAUACGAAUAUUCGUGAAAUGGAUGAGCUAAACAACCGCCCGUUCCCCCCGGUGCCUGAUGUGACGGAUGUGCCACGUCGGAAUCUUAACAAUGGAUGGAAAGAGUACGAGACGGAAGCGGGCAGAACAUAUUUCUAUAAUUUUGAAACGGGGAAAAGCCAAUGGAUUCCGCCAAGAUUCAUUCGAACACCGGCGCAGGUGCAGGUAAAUUUUCUCGUUAAUUCCUGCUUUUGA